AUGCCAGCACUCAGCAGAAAUACUACUGUUGUACUGUUGCUACAUACUACUGUACUGAUCGAUUUAUUUACCCCAAAUAGUAAACUUGUCUGUAAAACUCCUACAAAUUCUAUGGUUCUGUUUUUUUUGUUUAACUUUGAAUCAUUACUCAAACUCAGUGUUGAAACAUCACAAAUUAUGAAGAUUUCAGUAAUUAUUCUUGUAUUUGUCAUAAACAUUACAAUCACACUGAUCCACGGUUCAAAUCAUGACAAUCAAAGAAAGCCAUAUAUAGUUUACAUGGGAGAAUUAUCGCAAGGGAUUAAACAAGUAACAGUGCAAAAGCAUCAUCACAAUUUGCUUGUUCAAACCAUUGGAGAUGCAAGUAUAGCAACAAAAGCUAAGAUACACAGCUACGGAAAGAGUUUUAAUGGAUUUGUUGCUAAUUUAUUGCCUAGUGAAGCAACUGCUUUAUCAGAGAAAAGCAACGUAGUAUCAGUAUUUCCAAAUACAAUACGUAAACUUGUGACAACAAGAUCAUGGGAUUUGUUGGGAAUGCCUAUUGAUUUGAAGCAACGUAAUUCUCAAACCGAAAGCAAUGUUAUUAUGGGACUCUUGGAUACAGGCAUUUAUGUUGAUGCUCCAAGCUUCAAUGACAAAGGAUAUGGUCCUCCUCCACUCAAAUGGAAAGGCAAAUGUGAUAAAGGAGCAAAUUUCACCGGAUGUAACAGGAAGGUGAUAGGAGCAAGAUAUUAUGACUUAGGAGGAGAAUACACAGGAAUAGAGCCUACUCCCACAGAUUACGACGGACAUGGGACUCACACAGCAUCAACAGCAGCAGGAAGAACUGUAAAUGGUGCUAGCCUUUACGGGUUAGCCAAAGGAACUGCUCGCGGAGGGGUGCCUAAGGCUCGCUUAGCCACGUACAAAGUAUGUGGCUCAUUUGGGUGUUCCGAUAUGAACUUAUUAGCCGGUUUUGAUGAUGCCAUUGCUGAUGGAGUGGACAUUAUAUCCGUCUCGAUUGGCGGUUAUAGUAGAGAUCUGAUGGAUGAUGUGCUAGCCAUAGGCUCAUUUCACGCCAUGAAAAGAGGGAUACUUACAGUUUGUGCUGGGGGUAAUGAAGGUCCUGAUCUAUGGACUGUUAAUAAUGUUUCUCCUUGGGUUUUAACUGUUGCUGCUACUACUUUGGAUAGGAAGUUUAAGACCAUGGUUCAGCUUGGGAAUGGUAAAAAAUUUAAUGGGAUAUCAAUCAAUACAUUUUCACCCAAGAAAACUAUGUAUCCUUUAACAACUGGUACUCUUGCAUAUAAAGGCAACCCAAAUCCGUCAACAAAUUUAAGCCUAUGUGAUAAUGCAACAAUAUCAGAGAGUAAUGUGAGAGGCAAAAUAGUGUUGUGCUUUGGAUCAACAUUAGCUGAUUAUGUAAUCAAAAGAAACAAAGGAUUUGGUACGAUCAUGGCUGUUGAUGAAUUCACUGAUAUGACUUCCACCACUCUCAUUCCUGCUUCUUUUGUUUCUUCCAUUAGUGGACACCUUAUUGAUCUUUACAUCAACACCACCAAGUCACCACAGGCAAUUAUACACAAAACUAGAACUGUAAAUACAACAAAAACUCCUAUGAUUGCUUCAUUUUCUUCAAGAGGUCCUCAAUCAAAAGCUAGGAAUAUCCUCAAGCCAGAUAUAAGUGCACCUGGAGUUGAUAUUCUUGCUGGUUACUCAAAACUGGUGUCGAUAACUAGCGAAGGCGUCGACAAUCGAUACAGCGUGUUCAACAUCCUGUCGGGAACUUCCAUGGCUUGCCCUCAUGUCGCUGGUGCGGCUGCCUACGUCAAGUCCUUCCAUCCUGACUGGUCAGCUGCAGCCAUCAAAUCCGCUCUCAUGACCACUGCAAAACCGGUACUGAAUAAUGGCGCUGAGGACCCGUUAAGCUCAGGGGCUGGGUUUCUCAACCCUGUCGCAGCUGUCCACCCGGGCCUAGUAUACAACAUCUCCGCAAACGACUACAUUCGGUACCUAUGCAGGGAAGGCUACAACGGAACCACAUUAGCCCUUCUCCGAGGUGGAAGAGGAAGUAACGCAAGGGGGCCGCCUCGCUAUAAUUGCUCGAAAUUCAAGCCUGGCAUAGGGGUAGAUGGGCUCAACUACCCUUCAAUGCAUAUCCAUCUGCAAUCGUCCGAUACAAGAAUUUCAAAAACGUUCUAUCGUAGCGUGACAUACGUUGCAAAUGGAACCGCAGAGUACAAAGCUAAGGUUACAUCAGUACCCAAAGGUUUCUCAAUCAAAACCUUUCCCGAUGUGUUGAAAUUCACACGAACAUACCAAAGAAGAACCUACAAAGUUGUGAUAAAUGGAUCCAUAACAAAGGAUACACCUUACAAUAUCAAUACAUUCUUAGAAUGGGUUGAUCCAAAGCAUAGAGUUAGAAGCCCAAUUCAGAUUUAUAGGCCUAUUGUUUGAUUAUUUCGAGUAAUUAGUUUACAUUUAAGCUUAAUGAUAAUCCAAGAUUUUAAUUAGUCUUAAUUUGGAAUGAUUGUCUG